AUGACGAGCCACGUUCCGUUGUCGCCAGUCCCGCCGAUUGGCUCGCCAUUCACAGCUGAGCAGACUCAGCAGAAGCGGACCGACGAUGGCAUUCUCAGACAGACACACGUUGCAUCCUCCCUCAGGUGAUGUACGAACACGCUGUAUACACCCAUGCGCCAACUCAUCGAUGUGUUUUCCUGACAUCACCAGGACGACCGAGCACCAGAAGAUGGAGCGCGUCUAUCGCCUGGACCCGCAGAAGGCGCAUCGGCGCCGCCUGUUCCGUUUCGACGCCUCCGAGCUGGAGAGCUAUGCAAUGGCCACCUUCCUCAAACCCACAAGAGUCGCCCCUCCACAGCCAGGUGCCGCUGCCCAAGCGACCACACCCGAUGAGGGGCGGAAGCCCAUCAAGAGCAGCGGUCUGGCCGCCAUGGCUCGAAUGCAGAAGGACGCAAAGGAGAAGGAGGCCAAGAAGGAGACCAAGCUGCCGUCACACGUGCAGCUGCUGCAGACCAUCUACAUGGCGCAGACGGGCAAAGCGGAAGGCGCGAAGCCAAUAGAAGGGCAGGGCGUCAUUGCCGAGCUGGAGGGAGAGGGUGUGGAGGAGGUUCCCGAAGGGAGGUCGUCUCUCGUCGCCGCAUUUGCGCAGGAGCAGGUGGAUGAAGAGGAGCUCUUGAGGCAGGAGCUCGCCAAGCUCAAAACGGGCGAGGACGCAAUUGCUUUCUUUGCUAAAAACGGAUCCACCACACCGGUGAGACAGACACAGCCCAACCAGCAGAUGAUUUUCAGGCGAAGGGCACGUGUGUGUCAUGCUUUGUCUCCCCCUCUUGUGGGCGCAAGUGUAGGUGAAGUUUGUGUAUUGCAAUCGGCGUGUGACUGAGGAGGGCGAUUUUCAGCCGUGCAGCCUGGUGGUGGUGCCCGAGGCCGACAUCAACCCCGAGUACUUCACCAUCAGCUCCAGCGGUGUCGUGCAUGUGUGCCCUCAGCGGCCCAGCGAAUACGUGUCACUCAGCGAAUGGAUGCACCAAUCGCUCAUGUUCUCAGUCCUCAGGUGGGGGAGCAGCGACGGACAGGGACAAUUGGCAGAUAUUCUUUUCUCUGUCACUCCGUGACAUCCAGAUCGAUGGUAUUUUUCAAGCAUUUUCUCAUCGGCAAACUCUUCAGACAAUGGCAGAAUAACGCUCGCUAUCAGGUAAAACGGUAACCCCUCAAAUUUCUGCCAUUUUUGCUCUUUUUGCUGGCAGGUGUAUUUGAAGCAGCGCAAGACAUUGACCCGGCGUUUGUUCCUCGCCAAGCCCGUGUUUGUGGCUCCUUUGCUCAACAUUCACUCCAUCAUGCACGACACUGGCAACGUGAGUAUGAGUCGUUCGCGCAUACGUGUCUGUCAUCACCUUACAUUGUGCUUGGCCGCUGCAGGUGCGCGUGAUGCACAUAGCCCACUCUCAGCAUGAUCUGCAUCAGUUUGCCGAGGCGCAGUCCAACCAGCGGUCGAAUCCGCAGAACGGUGCGGCCAAAGAGUUUGAGACCCGACAGGAGCAGCUCAUCGGCAUUCUCGAUAAGGUAAGUGAGACAUAAAAGGCAUUUGAGCCAUGAUGUGGAUGUUUGAGUGUACAUUGCCUCAGGUUGUGGCUGAGGUGCAUGCGAGCACUCAGCUGCCCGAGGAGCACCCGCUCGAUUUCAAGUCGUCCAAAAAAGUCAAACCGAUGGUCCAAGAAAAGGAAGAAGGUGCGCAAGAAUACUUCUGAAGCCAUUUCCGCAACUCUUGGCUUGCUUUUCCUCAACAGCAAAGGAGCGGGCCCGCAGAUUGCGUUUGGCUGCAUUGGAUGAGUCUCUUCUCGGCGAUUUCAUUCGUCUGGUGGAUUACAAGCUGUCGAGUCAGCUGGUGCACGUUGUGCUGACUGCCGGAAGAGAUUUUCUGGAUCGCUUGGGCACUGCUGAGUCCUCGGUGAAGCUCUUCUCUGUUACCGUCAAGUUCGGGCAAGCACGGAAGAUGGACUUUGAACCAGGACUCUCGAAGUUCAAGGCAAGGGAAAAGAACCACGUCUGCUCGAUCUACCGACAUGUGUCAAUGCAUGCACAUUGUUCAGGUCAUGUUGCAUGAGCUGUGGACGGGCACCAUCAACCUGGUGGCGUCGGUGCCUCCCUUCUGUCAGAUGAGACAAUACGAGGGGUGAGACAUGCGAGGGGAGGCUCGUGCGAUGACUUGAAUGAUGCACGGCGAUUGCGGCAGGUAUGUGCAGGUGGUGCAUCCUCAGUCGGUGGAAACCCUUUUGCUCAACGAUGAAGUCUUCAGUGCGACACAGGUCAGUCAGAUGUGCCGGCGGGCCACUGUCACACGCAGAGCGUCUCCUCGUUCGCAUGCCAUGGCCUGCAGGAGCGCGUUGAAAAGCGAAUAGUACAGGACUUCGAGAGGGCGCAGAAGUAUUGCGACUCAUACUUCGCCAUGUACAGGUCAAAUUCAGCACAAACAGCUUUCCAAUCUGAAAGAGCACAAAUGAUCGAUUUGCAAUAUAUGGGUUCAGGCGCAUCUACGAUUUCGAGAAGCAGUGGGACGAGACGGCCUUCUUCGAGCGCAAGCUGACGCAUGCGAGUCUGUCGCGGGAGAUGGGGCUCAUGCGUGACUUCGAGGAGGACCUCGAGAAGCUCAAGCAGACACACAUAUUCGGGGUCGGUGCGAGAAGGAGAAACGUAUGUGUGUCCGUGUGCAUGGGUGGUUUGUGGGUCGCAGGUGUUGUCUGUUGAGGCGAGGACACUCAAGAUGAAUCUGGUCCCCGUUGCAGAGAAGGCACUCGCGGCCAUGAAGAUUGUUCUCAUUCAAAUGGCACGCGAGAAGGUGAUGACAAUCCAUAGCAUACACACGUAUAUGCAUUCGCUCUCAAUGUGUUCAUCAGGCUGCGGCGUUGGUCAAUCGCUUCACGUCCGUCAACAAACUUCUGGACGAGCGGCCGGCUAAGUUGGCAAACUAUGCCGACUUUGUCCGCAACUUCCAGGAGAUCAAAGACCAGCUCGAGUCCCUUGAUGAAGAGAAGAGCAAUGUCGAGGAAAUGUAUUCGCUCCUCAAGCAGUAUGACGUCAGGGUAAGCAGAGACACGGGAUGUGUCCUCUGCCAUUCCGACCAAUUGCUCAUUGCUUGCUGCUUCAUCUGUGCAGGUGCCCCUUGAUGACACCAUUCAGCUGGAGACACUCAAUCAGAAGGCGUCAGAGUUCGAGAAACAGAAACUCCUCGAGGCUUCCGAACACAUCAGGUACCCCAAAUAUGUUAUGUCUUCCCGCGAGCGCCCACGCAUCCUUCACCUCGGCUGUGUGCAGGGAGAACAUGACAGACAUGGUCCUGGACCUCCGCCAGAAGUCACAGAAAGUCGAGGAGGACAUGCUCAACCUGGCACACGAUCUGCAGCAAGGCAUGUUUGUCGACGAGGAGGCCAUCGUCAACGCUGCGGAGGUCAGGGAGGAGCUUACGAAGCUCGAGGACCAGCUGCAGAAGCUCGAUCAGCGUGCAUCCAACUACAGGGAGCUGCAACAGCUCUUCAAGACGCCCGAGCAGGUGGGACGGACCGCAAAUACACAUGCAUACAUCUGCUUGCACGCCUUUCGUUUGCCUCCAGUUCGCGUUCAAAGAGACUGAAGAGACCAGGAAGCUCUUCGCGCUCAAGCAGAAGCUCUGGGACACCAUUGCCGAGUGGCAGGAGGCCACCAAGCAGGUGUCAAAACAGACGCGCGAGCUUGACGUGACACGGCUUGACGAUGCACAAAUGUGUCUUUUCUUUGCGUGCCAUUCAGUGGUACUAUGACGAGUUCUCUAAGCUUGACGUGGAAGACACAAACAAGAAGGUCCAGGAGUACUUCAAAAACGUCUAUUCACUGGCCAAAUCCCUCAACAAUGUAAGACUCAGACAAACAUAAGAUAUUGCAUAUGUCUGUCCUAUCCAUCGUUCAGGAUCCAGUAGUGACUCGCUUGAAGGAGAUGAUUGGUGAGUGGCGCGACCGAAUGCCCACAAUUCUGGAGCUCGGUAACCCCGCGCUGAGGCCCCGACACUGGGAGAAGAUCUUCAAAGAGAUCAAGUCAGUCAACAAAUGCUAAUUUGUGUCUCCCUACGAAGCUUCUUUGUCUAUCCUGUUGCAGGAUGGCAUACGUCAGCCCCGCUCAGUCGUUCUUCCUCAAGAAACUGGAAGAGAACGACAUCUUCAGCAAAUACCAGUUCGUGGCGGAGGUAUCGGGCAUUGCAUCUGGCGAGUUCGCUCUUGAGCAGCAGCUCGACAAGAUCCGAGGCAUCUGGGCCGACGCUGAGCUCAUUGUGCAGCCCCAUCGCGAGAGCCAGACGUGUUUUGUGCUGGGAGACAUCACUGAAAUCAUCGCCAUUCUUGAAGACCACACAGUCACCGUGCAGACCAUGAUGGGCAGCAGGUGAGACGAAGCGAGAAUUGUGACACCCAUGCGGAAGCGUUUGUGUGUGCGUGUCUGCUUGGAAGGUUCAUUGCUGGCAUCCGCGCUCAAGUGGAGGAGUGGGAGAGGAAACUGAAUCUGACGUCAGAUGUGCUCGGUAGGUAUGGUGGACGCACAUGCUCACAAAGCCGUGUAUCCACGCCCUUUGUGUGCAGACGAGUGGAUUCAGGUGCAACGGGCAUGGAUGUAUCUGGAGAACAUCUUUUCGGCCGAAGACAUCCAGAAGCAGCUUCCUGCAGAGUCAGCAAAGUUUAUGCAAGUCGACAAGUUCUGGAAGGACCUGCUGAAGCGGGUGCGGCAAUCGUACAAGAACGUUAUCCAGGCAGUAUCGCAGCCAGACCUGCUCAAGAAGCUCCAGUGGGCCAACAAGACGCUGGAGGAAGUGCAAAAGAGCCUUGAGGACUACCUUGAGACGAAGCGAGCUGCCUUCCCCCGCUUCUACUUCCUGUCUAACGACGAGCUGCUGUCCAUCUUAUCGCAGACACGCAAUCCGCAUGCCGUCCAGGAGCAUCUGUCCAAAUGCUUCGACGCCAUGCACAGGAUCAAGUUCACCGACGAGCCGAAGUCUGUUACUGUGGAGGGCAUGAAGAGCAUCGAGGGCGAGUAUGUCCCGUUCGCCUCUCAGGUCAUGGCGCAAGGUCCAGUGGAAGGCUGGCUCACCAAGAUCGAGGAGCAGAUGAGACAGGGACUGUACGAGCAAAGCAAGUCUGCUUGGAAGGAUUACCCUGAGGAUGCCCUCAACCGCCAGGAGUGGCUCUUUGCAUACCCCGCACAGACCAUUCUCGUAUGAAACCAGACACGCCCGCUUGACACACGUUUGAUGAGUGUCCUUGUAUGUUCAGAUGGUUGAUCUGAUCUACUGGACUUUCGACGUCGAGACAGCGCUCAACAACAUCAGCACCAACAAGGACCCACAGGCCAUGGAGACAUUCUUUGAAUUUAUGAAGUCACAAAUCUCAAAGUGCGAGUGAUGAGCGAGAAGGGUUGAUGCACACACACACAAAUGCUUUGUGUAGGUCUGUGGCGUUGGUGCGGUCCAACCUGACGAAGCUGCAGCGCAAAAUGAUGGGUGCCCUCAUUGUGCUGGAUGUGCAUGCGAGAGACGUCGUCAGAACCAUGGUCAGUCGGCUGCAAGACAGUCGCCACAUGCAUCACAGGGAUCGACGGGCGUACGGCUGUGUCUCAUACAGAUACUGGAGAAGUGCAGUUCUGUGAACGACUUUGAGUGGACCAAGCAGCUCCGGUACUACUGGGAGGCGGAGAUCGACAACUGCACCGCUCGUCAGACAAACACGCGAUUCCUUUACGCCUUCGAGUAUCUCGGCAACACACCCCGCCUCGUGAUCACUCCCCUGACAGACAAGUGCUACAUGACCCUCACGGGCGCACUCCACCUCAACUAUGGCGGGGCGCCUGCCGGGCCGGCAGGAACAGGUGAAAGCACUGGCUCUUGCGAUAACCUGCCUAGACACACAUUGUCACUGCUCAGGGAAGACCGAGACGACUAAGGAUUUGGCCAAGGCGCUGGCCGUGCAGUGCGUGGUGUUUAACUGCAGUGACGGGCUGGACUACAAAAUGAUGGGUCGUUUCUUCUCGGGACUGGCACAGGCUGGCGCGUGGGCAUGCUUCGACGAGUUCAACCGGAUCGACGUUGAGGUCUUGUCGGUCAUUGCGCAGCAGAUGCUCAAGAUCCAGAGCGCCAUCCGCGGCAAGAAGACCAUAUUCGAAUUUGAGGGUCGCGAGAUUCCCCUCAACUCCCGCUUCGGUGUGUUCAUCACAAUGAAUCCUGGCUACGCUGGCCGUACCGAACUGCCCGACAAUCUCAAGUCGCUCUUUCGUCCUGUCGCCAUGAUGAUUCCCGACUAUGGGCUCAUCGCGGAGAUCAUUCUCUUUUCUGAGGGGUUCGACUCUGCCAACAGCCUCGCUCGCAAGAUGGUCAAUCUCUACAAGCUGUCGUCCGAACAGCUCUCCAAACAGGUAGACAGUCCCCUCAAAGGAGCAUUACUUGAUCCUGCUGAUGCACGGUCACGGUAUGCAGGAUCAUUACGAUUUUGGCAUGAGAGCGGUCAAGUCGGUGCUGGUCAUGGCCGGGACGCUUAAGCGUUCCAAUCCUGACCUCGAUGAGAAUAUUGUGCUCAUUCGGUGAGUCACAAAAGAGGUCCGUCACAUUAAGACAACCGUUUGUUUGACGCUGCCUCCCGUGUCCCUUUUCGGCUGGCAGUGCGAUGCGUGACAGCAAUGUACCGAAGUUUUUGAGCCACGACUUGCCUCUGUUCAUGGGUAUCAUAUCUGACCUGUUCCCUGAUGCUGUCGUGCCCUACAUCGACUAUGGCGACCUGCAGAAGGCCAUUGAAAAACAGUUGAGGGACCAUGAGCUCCAGGUGGGUCUCAUGGAUGGAUGCAGAAUACCCUGCCUUAUCUGCAAAUGCGUGUCUCCUUGUCUCCAGGUCGUGCCUGCAUAUGUGACGAAGGUGAUUCAGCUUCUCGAGACGCAGAUUGUGAGGCACGGAGUGAUGCUGGUGAGGAGUCAGAGACGCAAUUGCUCGUUGUUGGAUUAUUUUUGUCCACAUACACUUCUUCUGUCCGUCAGGUUGGUGUGACUGGCACUGGAAAGACCACUUGUUCGGACAUUCUUGCUAAGGCUCUCACCCAGCUCAGACAGGACGAACACGCCGAUCCUAACUAUCAAGUGACGCGUGACAGAGCGUCAUGCCUGCCGUUACCCAUUCGAUUGUGUGUCUCAGGUGACGAAGGUUAUCACCCUCAAUCCCAAGUCGGUGACGAUGGACGAGCUCUACGGUGCCACUAACCCGGUGACCAACGAGUGGACAGACGGACUCAUCGGACAGGUACGCUCUCCCCUAUCAUUCUGGGCUUGUGCAAUACAGCUUUCCUUCGCCCAUGCAGCUUGUCCGCGAGGCCUGUUCCGACACAAGCCCGAACAAGAAGUGGGUCAACUUCGACGGCCCAGUGGAUGCGUUGUGGAUUGAGAACAUGAACACCGUCCUCGACGACAAUAAGACACUCUGUCUGGCCAACGGCGAGCGCAUCAAGCUGCCCUCCACCCUAACGAUGAUGUUCGAGGUGCAGGAUCUUGCUGUCGCCUCGCCGGCAACCGUAAGCCGGUGCGGCAUGGUCUACCUCGAGCCGUUGCACCUCGGCUGGAAGUGCCUCGUGCAGGUAGAGACAGGAAACAAAGAUAUGCACCGGACAUGGCUCGAUCACCGUUGGUCGGCGAUGUCACUCGUCAGACGUGGGGCGAGCGCUUCACGAAGAAGUACGCCGACUAUGCCAAGCAGCUCGAGGAAUGGACCAUCCAGCUGUGCGACGCUGCCAUCCCAUUCAUACGCAAGAACUGUCGGGUAUCCUGCUUGGUCCAUCGUGCCCUUCACUUAACUAACACUUGUCUUUGCAUGUAUUCUGCACGCAGGAAGUGAUUUCUUCUGUCGACGCGAACCUGAUCGACUCCUUCUGCCGCCUGAUGUGGACAUUCAUCGACGAGCGGAACGAGAUCAAGGGCGAGAACACGAAGGAGGAGCAGCGACUGGUGAGUCAAUUGACCCACCCACCACCUCUGUUGCACACAUAUCUAUCAACGACUCAUGGGGCUUGUCAGGUCCGUAUGUACUGGGCCUUCUCUGCGGUUUGGUCUCUCGGCGGCAACCUGCAUGAGAAUUCCAGACCUGCCUUCUCCGAUUUCCUGGUGCCCCAGCUGCAGGUAUGUAGGGAAGGAGGCACGCCAACCAACACGUGACGAUGAGUGUGUGUCCUCUCGCAUUGACAGUCCUGGUGUCCCGAGUUCCCCUCGUCCGACUGCUACUCAGUGUCAGUAGACAACACCGGCAAGUUCAUCACGUUCGAGUCCAUCGUGCCAGACUUCGAGUACGACCCACGGGUGUCCUUCUUCAACAUACUCGUGCCGACACAAGACACAGUCACCCAGAAGAUGCUGCUCGAAAACAUCAUGACGGCCGGCUACCACUGUUUGUGGUCGGGCGACACUGGUGUGGGCAAGUCGGUGGGCAUUCAGAACUUCCUCAACCACGUGCCAGAGGGAUUUGUGACGGGAGGCGUCAACUUCUCGGCACAAACCACAUCCGCCAACCUACAGGUAGGCUAGCAUCGACCGACAAGGCUCAAGCAGCUUCUUCGGCCGCACUCUGCUUUCUGGACUCGCAGGACGUGUUUGAGUCGAAGCUGAUUGCCAAGCGCAAGAAUCUUCUGGGUCCCCCGCCAGGCACUCGAAUGCUCAUCUUCAUCGACGACGUCAACAUGCCACAGCUUGAGACGUACGGCGCUCAGCCGCCCAUCGAGCUGCUGCGGCAGGUGAUGGACCACAAGGGCUUCUACGACCGCAAGAAGCUCUUCUACAAGAGCGUCAAAGAUGUGCAGUAUAUACUCGCCUGUGCGCCGCCCGGUGGAGGAAGAAAUGCCGUCACUCCUCGGUGAAGAUGAGACCUUCAUACCGCGCAAUAAGCGACAGAAAUCAUGUCUCCUGCUUUGCAGUCUUUUCCGCCACUACAACAUGUUCUGGAUGACGAAUCUGGGCGAGCCAGCCAUGGUCCGCAUCUUCUCCUCCAUUCUGGGCGGCUGGCUGCAGAUCACGGAGCCGUCACUCAAAGACAUCUCAACUUCUCUCAUCAAAGCGGGAGUCGAGGUAUGCGUGAGACAGACCGCCAUGUGCCGCUGCUGUGUCGGCCAACACACUACUACGCUUUCAGAUCUACUUGAGGAUCGUGAAUGAUCUGUUGCCGACACCGUCCAAGAGCCAUUACACGUUCAACCUCCGCGACCCAUCUAAAGUUGUGCAAGGGAUGCUCAUGAUCGACCCUGCCGGCCUCAAAGACAAGGAAGUGCUAACGAGGCUGUGGAUCCAUGAGUCGUGUCGACAGUUCCGCGACCGUCUGAUUGACGACACGGAUCGCAGCUGGUUCAACGGCCUCAUCCAGGAAAAAGUCAAGACACACUUGGGGCUCGAUUGGGCAGCCGACGACUUCAAGGAAAUCAUCUUUGGCGACUUCCUCGGCCGCAACGAGAAGCCCUAUCAGCUGAUCGACAAGAGCCAGGAAGAGCUCGCCUCCAUCUUCGACGAGUACCUCCAAGAACACAACAUCACCUUCCCCAGCAGAAUGAAUCUGGUGUUCUUCAAGGACGCCCAGCACCACCUCGCGCGCAUCUGCCGUAUUAUCCGGCAGCCACGCGGCAAUGCCCUGCUCAUCGGUGUGGGAGGCAGCGGGCGCAACUCGCUGUCGCGGUUGGCGGCCUUCAUGUCCGACUACCACCUCUUCUCGAUCGAGAUAGCCAAGAAGUACGGCACGGCCGAGUUCAGGGAGGACAUCAAGAGCAUGAUGAUGAACAUCGCUAAGAACCAGAAGCCCAUCGCCUUCUUCUUCUCAGACACGCAAAUCGUGAGAAUGAGUGCAGAAAGCAGCACAGAGACACUCUCGGUCUGUCUCUAUCACGUCAGGUCAAGGAGUCGUUCCUCGAGGACAUCAACAACAUCGUCAACACUGGCGAGGUGCCAAAUCUGUUUGCUGUGGAUGAGACUGAGCAGAUCAUUGGCCUUACACGACCGGCCGCCAAGGUCAGUCGAUCAGACGAAGCUGCAUUCCCUCUUCCUGCCAUUGCAUCAAUCUCUUUUCUUGUCUCAGGCUGCUGGCAAGCCCGACGCCCGCGAUGCGAUCUUGCAGUACUUUGUGUCGAUGGUCCGCGAUCUGCUGCACAUCAUCCUGGCGUUCUCACCGGUUGGCGAGAAAUUCCGGGCGAGAUGCAGACAGUUCCCGUCGAUUGUCAACUGUUGCACUAUCGACUGGUGAGGUGUGAGCAUUUAUGGGCCGCAAUCUGAGUCUCGCCUCGUCUGUUAGGUUCAACGCGUGGCCGCCAGAUGCCCUGUACUCGGUGGCGAACCGCUUCUAUUCGGAGCAGAAAGACCUCGGCAUCGAGUCCGUCACUGAUCAGCUCUGCAAGUAAGGAUUGUCCCCUAUUGUCGCCCUCGCACGAGACGUGUGUGUAUGUGGCCGACCAGGAUGUCAGGGGAGAUCCAUGACAGCGUGACAGAGUCUGCUGAGAGUUUCUACAACGAGUUGAGGCGCCGGACAUACACCACACCCACAUCAUAUCUGGAGCUCAUCAAACUGUACCUCGACAUGCUCAAACAGCAGGUGACAGAUCCAUGAGAUACCCUCGACUACUGUUCUGCUUUAUGUUUUAUGCCCGCAGCGUGAGUUGCUGGGCACCCGUCUGAACCGGUACAAGGUGGGUAUGCAGCGGAUGGAGGAGACCAAUGUGGUGGUCGACCAGAUGAAGCGCCAGCUGAUCGAGCUCCAGCCUGUGCUCGACAAAGCCAGCAAAGACACUGCCGAACUCAUGGUUGUACUUGAGAAGGACCAGCAGUUGGCCCAAGAGGCGGCCGAGGCGUGCAAGGUUGACGAGAUAGAGGCUUCGAAGGCAUCUCAGGAGGCCCAAGAGAUCAAGGAUGACUGCCAACGAGAUCUCGAUGAGGCCCUGCCCGAAUAUUAUGCUGCCAUCAAAGCCCUCGACUCCCUGGACAAGAAGGACAUUCAGGUCUGAUCAACAUACUAUCAUCCGUGACAAAACGCACUGACGGCAAUGAUGUCUCCUCAGGAGGUGAAAUCGUUCGCUAAGCCGCCCCAGCUGGUCGAGACGGUGAUGUCAGCCGUGUGUUUGUUCUUGGGUCGCAAGCAGACGUGGGAUGACGCCAAGAAGCUGCUCAACGAAGCCAACUUCAUGCAGCAACUGAAGGAAUACAAUAAGGUGUGCCCUUACAUUUGGAUGGCUCCUGUGAAAGUGUGUGUGUGUGUGUGUGUGUAUGCAGGAUGCCAUCUCAAACAAGUUGAUGCAGCAGGCCCAGAAAUACAUCACGAUGGAAGACUUCAACCCGCAAAAGGUCUCUACUGUGUCCAAGGCAGCCACGUCCCUGUGCAUGUGGGUGAAGGCCAUGGACACCUACGCCAAGGUGGCCAGGAACAUCGAGCCCAAGAAGGAGCGACUGAGGGGGGCCGAGGCGUCGCUCAAGGCGGCGGAGGACAAGCUGGCACAGAAGCAGGCAGAGCUCAAAGAAGUGCAGGACCGGUAACAGCUACCAACCAGCCAUGACAGCUCUAUCAUUCUUCGGUGUGCUUUCCCUGACUGCAGUGUUGCGGCACUCCUUCGUCAGUAUGAGGAGUCCAAGGCCAAGUCGGAGAAGCUGCAACGAGACAUGGAAGACGCACGAGUGAAACUUGACCGCGCACAAAAGCUCGUGGCUGGCCUGGGCAACGAGGCCGUGCGGUGGGAGAAAUCCGCGACCGAGCUGGAGGAAGCGAUGAGCAACCUGAUUGGAAACAUCAUCUUGAGUGCAGGGAUGAUAGCGUACCUUGGCCCCUUCACGGCCAGCUACCGCCAGUCGAUCCUGCAGCGAUGGGGCGGCAAGUGCACUGAGUGGGGGCUCAAGGUCGACCCCAACUACACAUUGGAGAAGACCCUCGCUGAUCCCGCCGAGGUGGGCAAUAGGCAGAGACAGGCUCACAUCAAGUGCCGGUCGGCCGGGAGGUGCGUGUCCCACUGUUUGUGCAGGUGCGUGAGUGGAACAUCAAGGGGCUGCCAGCUGAUCAGCUGUCCAUCGAAAACGGCAUCUUCGUCACGAGAGGGAGACGGUGGCCGCUCAUGAUUGACCCACAGGGACAAGCCAACAAGUGGAUCAAGAACACAGGCAAGACGCAGAACAUCCAGGUGAUUCGUUUGUCGGAGCCAAACUUCCUUCGAAGCCUCGAAAACGGCAUCAGGAUGGGCAAUCCUGUCUUACUCGAGAACGUGGAAGAGAUUCUUGACCCGGCAAUCGAACCAGUGCUGCAAAAACAGGUAUUCCACCGUUGGAACUGUGAGGCGUAGACCGACACUUCUGCCUGUUGCUACAUUCAGACUUUCAAGAAGGGAGGCCAGGUGCUCCUGCGCCUGGGUGACACCGACGUGCCGUACUCGCCCAACUUCCGCUUCUACAUCACGACCAAGAUGGCCAACCCCCACUACCUACCCGAGGUCUGCAUCAAGGUCACCAUCAUCAACUUCACCGUCACACAAAAGGGGCUGGAGGACCAGCUGCUCAUCGAGGUGGUCAAUCACGAGCGGCCUGACCUGGAGGAGAAGCGCAAUGACCUGGUGGUGUCCAUCUCCAAUGACAAGGCCACGCUCGCCAACCUCGAGCAGGAAAUCCUCAGGGUCAGCAAGAGCGGCUCGUUGUGUGGCGCUUGCCUUAAAGAUGCGCCGUCUUCUUUCCCUGCAGUUGAUUGCUGAGGCUGGCGACAACAUCCUCGAGAGCGAGACACUCAUCAACACGCUGGAUGAGUCCAAGAAGACAUCCGAGACGGUCGGCGAGCGCAUGAAGGUAGCCGAGGUGACAGCCAAGGAGAUCAACGACGCCCGUGAGUCGUAUAGAUCGGUCGCACUGCGGUGGGUACACUGAAUGAAGAGACACACAUGAUCCUCCAGUGUGUGAAUAUACUCCGUGGUGAUGGCUGCAGCGGGAGCCUGCUAUACUUUGUGAUCGCCGACCUGGCUCUGAUCGACCCCAUGUACCAGUACAGUCUCGACUACUUCGUCGGCCUCUUCAACCAACGGCUGGCAAAGAGCCAGAAGAGCGACGUCAUAGAAGGGCGUCUCAGCAUUCUGCUCACAGACAUCACCACUAAAUUCUACGAGAACAUAUGCCGCGGCCUCUUCGAGCGACACAAGCUGCUGUACUCCUUCCUCAACGCCGUGUCCAUCUUCCGCAAAAACGAGCGCAUCCAGCCGAUUGAGUGGAUGUUCUUCCUCAGAGGUGUGGAGGCGGGCAGGGACGCGUCGCGGCCAGGCAGCAACGAAGGAGAGGCUCCCCCUGAAUGGGUCGACUCGACGCUCUGGCAGAAGCUCAAAGUCCUGGAAGAGGUAAGAAGGCAUCGUUGAUGCAUCGCUUCCCACUUGCUCGUCAAUGUUCAUGUCAUCAGACUGUGGGCGGCUCCUUCGGCGGCUUGUCGGCCAGUGUCUCGGCCAACAGCGCUGACUGGCAGGCGUACAGAGACAACGACAACCUCCACAAGAUACCCAUGCCCGACGGCUUCUCUGACAAGCUGACCCCCUUCCAGCAGCUGCUGCUCGUCAAGUCCUUCCGGGAAGAGAAUCUGCUCUUCGCUGUCCGCAACUUUGUAGCAGCCGAGCUUGGCAAAGAGUUCGUCGAGCCUCCACCGUUCGACCUGCUUGGAGCCUACCAGGACUCGAAAAACAUCUCGCCCAUCAUCUUUGUGCUGAGUCCUGGUGCCGACCCGAUCGGCUACCUGCUCAAGCUGGCCAAGGAAAACGGCCCUGGGGAAGAGCGGCUGCACAUACUGUCGCUCGGCCAGGGGCAGGGCGUCAAGGCAGAGCGGCUCAUCGAGCUUGCCAGGUGACGCGCGGCACAAGGCCCGCCUCGCUCUUUCCGGGCUAAAUGUGACAAUCUGCUUGUUCUGCAGGCAGGAGGGCGAUUGGGUGUGUCUGCAGAAUUGUCACUUGGCCGCCAGUUGGAUGCCCUCAUUCGAGCGCAUUCAGGAGCAGCAGAACGAGGACGACAUUGACCCCAACUACCGUCUCUGGCUGACAUCCAUGCCCACACCCACGUUCCCCGUGCCAGUGCUGCAAAGCGGAAUCAAGAUCACAAAUGAGCCGCCAAAGGCACGCAGACCACUGGGCUGCACACUCUCUGUUCAGCAAAUGCUGUCGCUGUGUGUGUAUGUGUGCAGGGUCUGAAGGCCAACUUGACUCGCAGCUUCCUGGACAUAUCUGAGAAUGUGUACGAGAGCUGCAUCAAGGGCAGGGAGUUCAAGAAGCUCCUCUUCGCCCUCGCCUUCUUCCACGCGGUGAUCCUCGAACGGCGCAAGUUUGGCCCCAUUGGUUGGAACAUCCCCUAUGAGUGGAUGAACAGCGACUUCGAGGUCUCCCUGCAACAACUCAACAUGUAUGUCUCAACGGCGCGAAAGCACAUCAGGCAAGUGACCGCUCUGUACACGCGUAUGUAUGCAGGUAUCUGACUGAGCAGCCGGGUGUGCCGUACCAGACGCUCAAUUACAUCGUGUCGGAGGUCAACUAUGGCGGCAGAGUCACCGACGACAAGGAUGUCAGGUUGAUUAAUGCGAUCCUGGCGCGAUACUUCUGUGCGGACAUAAUGGACGACGGCUAUCAGCUGGCGGAAAGUGACAUAUAUCACGCACCGCCAGAGGGCAACCUGGAGUCCGUCCGCAAUUACGUUCACGUAAGUCAGGCAGAGACGGGCAGGCAGAGCAUAGAUCCUGUGUCUCUUGCCAGACUCUGCCUAUGGAUGAGGAACCGGACGUCUUUGGCUUGCACAUGAAUGCAAACAUCACGUGAGCAGCAGACAAGACGCGCCGCGUCCGUGGCGUCAUGUGUCGUUUCCCCACUGUGCAGCUGCCAAGAGAAGGAGGCGCGCGACUUCCUUGACGUCGUCAUCUCUGUCCAACCAAGAAUACCUGCAGGUAAGCAAACAGCACUCCUGCCCGCCACUCUUGAUACACGAAUCUCGGUCAAUCCAGGCGGCUCCGGCAAGACGACCGAUGAGAUCGUCUAUGAACUUGCUGAGUCCAUCGAGGCGCGGAUACCAGCGCCCUUCGACCGGUCCAAGGCACAUCCAGCCACGUUUGUGCAGAACAAGGGCGGCGAGGGCGAGGGCGAAGACGCCAAAGAGGACCCCGGCGCAUCGCUGAGUGUCUUCUUCUCCCAAGAGCUGGACCGAUUCGACAAGCUCAUCAGAGUGGUCAAGAAGUCGCUCGCUGACCUGCAAAAGGUACGUACACACGCACGCAUGGACACGGCAACCUCCGCAACGCUGUUGUGGUCCGUAUCAGGCGAUUAAGGGUCUUGUGGUGAUGUCGGCCGAGCUGGAGACCAUGUACAACUCCUUCCUCUUCCAGAAGGUGCCCACCAUAUGGCUCAACGCCGCCUACCCCUGCCUCAAGCCGCUGGCAUCGUGGGUCAACGACUUCAUCGAGAGACUGGAGUUCCUGCAGGGGUGGCUCGUCGGCGGACCGCCACUCUCCUUCUGGCUCCCGUCAUUCUUCUUCCCCCAGGGCUUCAUGACGGGCACGCUGCAGAGACAUGCCAGAAAGACGAGAGUGAGUGACGACAGAGGAGGGAACGAGUGCAUGUCUCUAUUGUCAUGGGUGUGUUUGUCGGAUAUUCAGAUACCCAUCGACACGCUGACUUUCAGGACGGAGGUGUCGACUCUCAAGGCGGCGGACAUCACUGAGGCGCCCGAGAGGGGGGUCAACAUACACGGACUCUUCUUACAGGCAGGCUGAAGGAAGGACAAGGGGGCAUCACGGGCAGGCAGAGACGUCAACUGCUUUGUGGCUGCACUCGUGCAGGGUGCUGGUUGGGACGUGGCUGGCCGGAAGCUCUGUGAGUCUGCCAAGGGCCAGUUGUUUGUGCCAAUGCCCGUCAUCUGGAUCGACCCUGUCGACAUCGAUAAGCUUGACAACAAAAAGGACUACAGGUCACGUGGCUAACACAUUUGACUGAGAGCGCGGCAGUCGUUUCGCAGCUGUGUGGCUGUUUGUUUGUCAGAUGUCCAUUGUAUAAGACAUCUACAAGAGCGGGCACGCUGUCAACUACCGGCCACUCGACCAACUUUGUCCUCUUCUUUGACCUGCACACUGGUGAGGCUCACACAGCUGCAGCCGCAAUUCUGGCUGGGGCUCAUGUCUCUCGUGUCGUGUCUUGUUCGUCUGGACAGAUAAGGAGUCGGACCAUUGGAUCAGAAGAGGGGUCGCACUGCUCUGCCAACUGGAUGACUGA